AUGGCAGUGAAAAGAAAGGCAGGACACUCCUCGGGAACUCCCAAGAAGAGUAAAGCUAGUUCCGUUGGACCAGCUGAGUUCCAGGCUUUCUAUGCUAAUACUAUGGAGUUGGUAAACGAAUUAAAGGUAGAAGAUAAGUUACUUGUUGCUCCAUUUUUAAAGUUACCUUCAAAGAAGUUAUAUCCUGAUUAUCUUGAGGUUAUUGAAAGACCGGUGACUAUUGGAGAUAUACAGAAGCACGUGGCUAAAAAUCUGUAUUCAACUUCAUCAACUGAUGAAUUUGUUGGAGACUUCAAGUUGAUGUUAGACAACGCAGCUAAAUACAAUGACCCAGAUUCUUGGAUAGUGGAGGAUGCUCAACGUAUAUAUGAUUUUGUUCAAGAGCAAGCAUUGGAGUUUUCCAAACAGCUGGAAUUGAACGAAAGAGAAUCGCUUGAAUCUCCUAGAUCAAGCAAACAAAAAUCAGUUGGUGAAGAAAUUGAAGAUGAUGACGGUAAUGAUGGUGAGCCAUUAACCCUAGCAAAGUUACCAGAUCAUUUGAAAAUACUUUUAAAUAAGGUGAUUGAACAUGAGUUUCCAGAAGAUGGAGUACUUAGUGGUCCCUUCAUCGAAGAUGUUGAUAGGAAAGAAUAUCCUGAGUAUUUCGAAAUAAUAAAAAAUCCUACUUCCUUCAAUAAAGUCAGGCUGAUGUUAGAGAACAAGAAAUUAUUCUCUGCUAAGUUAACUAUUAGUGAGAACUUGGACAAAUUUCAUGAUGCUGUGAUGCUUAUUUUCAAGAAUGCUCAAGAAUUUAAUCACCCGGAUUCCUUAAUACACCAGGAUGCUGUGAAACUUCAAACAUUUUUUGAGGAAUUAUAUUCUGACUUCAGUAGCAAACUCGAAAAGGGUUCAGGAUCUCCUAAAACCAAGUUGAAACUUAAAUUAGUUGUACCCAAGAAGGAAAAGUCACUCAAGUUGACACUCAAGGGAAAAUCACAAGAAUCAGAACCAGCUCCAAAGAAAAAAGAUCCAAGAGGAAGGAAGAAGAAAGCAGUAGCAACCAAAGUAAAAGUCGAGGAGGAAAUAGAUGAAGCUACUGCUGACGAGGAUGAUGAUGAAAACGUGCAAGUUGUUAAUGGUGGUUCUGAUGUGGAAAUGAGUGAAGGACAAUCAGACAGUGAAAAGCCUGAUCUAGAUACUGAUGAUGAAUAUGAUGGAAAAAAUUCCAAACCAGUUAAAGAGGAAGCAAGGGAUAUGCCACAACCAUUGGUUGGUAGUAAUGUACUUGGAAAGGGACUCCCCAGUAAACACCCAGAAGAACUUUCAAUUCAACAAGUAUCCAUUGUCAACUCCGUUUCGAAUAUCAGUGGCUUCUUGCAACAGGUUGCUGGACAAGAACAGUACAAUACACCAUCACUUAUUGCCAAUAAAAAUAGAUCUACACAUUCGGCAUUAUUCCCUUCACUCCCAACUCACACAUUGGCAACCUUUUUUGAUUAUCGGUUUCCCACUUCGGGUUACUCCCAACUGCAAUAUACUCUCUCCUUACCUUCGAACACUCCAGCAUUGGUGAAUUUUAAGGUUUGCUUGCACCCUUUAAUUCAAGAAGUUACCAGAUCUGUUAUUUCCGGUGGUCUGGGAGCAAUCAAUGCAUUGUCGGAAGAGGAAUUCCAAUGUCAAUUUGUUCUUAACGAUGAGGAGGUAAAUGGUGGAGCAUUGGUAGAACAAGACGAUGGACAAGUAGUAUUAAAUUAUGACGUGAGAUUCAGUUUUGGUUUGAAUAUUUUGGUGUUCUACUGUAAACUUGCACCAAGUCUUAGUAAGAGAAUAAAAACAAAAACUCCAAGCAAUGAUACAGAAGAACUACAGGGUAGACAUACUAGGCAUCAACUUCAACAGCUUAAAAUGUCUUGGGAUGUGGAAAAGUUCACUCUUUAUGUUGUACGGAAUAAUUAUUGA